AAUGUGUAUGAGAAAACAAGUCAGCCUGAAAAUGCAUUUAUCAGCUCGGGUUUGCCUUGAGUUACCCUCGUCCUGGGGCGUUUUCGUCCAGCCCAUGUUUCCACAGGGAUGGGGAGAGGAAGCGAGCGAGAGAAGUGGGUCACUCGCAUAAUUUAGCACCAUUAUCGCAUCAACGUUUUCCUCUCGCUCAUCCCCGGGUCACGCCGCAUCCUCUGGUUAAAAGUUAGCUUUUUGUGCAAUGUGAUAUGGGAAGAAACGCUAGUAGCAUCUUGCGUUUGCGAUGACCUUGUUUCAUUUCCUGCCACUUCGGCAUAGAGACAGGGCUGUCGGAAUUCUACUACCCUCCCCGCACCGUCUGGUCUGAACCGGUUCGGAUUGUGCGCGGUCAUAGGCGCACUGCAGAUUCCGCGCGCCCUCGCGAGUCUCAGCCCACUUCUCUGCUCAGGCUCCUCUGAUUGGCCAGCGGGUUCGCGGCUCGCCCACACCUCCUCGCGUGUUGUUUGGACAAAGGGAGACUUUGCGAGCCGUGAUUGGCCAGUGUCCCCCCAAACCUUUUAUUUUUGGGCAGUGUCAAUUGUGCACGGGCACGCAGAGAAAUGGAGUUGUAAACGUAGCGCGUGCACUUUUCAGCACCAAUACCGCGUGGAUAGCAGCCAAAGGAAGCAGAUAGCGUUCGCCUGCUUUAUUGUCAUAAACCGAACGACUUUGCGCGUCGCCACCACCAUUCAACCGCCGCGACCACGGAGUAACUUCAGUGAUAGCUUUGAGUCGGUGCGCAGAGGACACAGCGGCAGAGCUCGAGCUUUGUCUGCCCCGGCGGGCAAAUUGUGCCGAGAGCUGCAUCUUCAGUUCCUGAGGGUGGAAACUGCGUUAUUUUCGGUUCGCUUGUGCCGAAUUUGCGCGGGCUCGACUCGUCUAACGGCGCGCCGGCACGUCUAAAUGGCUACAGAUGAAGGGAGGCAGAGGUGAUAGAGAAGAAUUUUCAUCCUAGCCGGUUCGGUCCAGACAGCGGUUGAGCCUUGGUCCUGUUUUAGCCGCAUCGCAGCUUCCUAGCACCGCUCCUCGCCGAGGUCUCCAUUGUGUGAGCAUCUCCACUGUUCCGCUGCCGCCCGACCUCCGGAUCCCCGCACACACCGCACACCUGCCGCUUCCCACGGCCGCUGCUGGGCUUUUCGUCGAACCUACGCCGUCUUGAACGCGCCCAGUCCAAAAUGUGCUCGCGUGUUUGGUUCGUGACCGACCGACGCAUCAGCCAGGAGUACCCCCAAGUUCAGAUCCUCCGGGCGCUGAAGGAGCGCUGCGCCGACGAGGAUGUAGAAUUCCGCUCGCUUCUCAUGGAUCAAAUCGUGCUAACGAUCAGCGAGGGCCAAUUAGGUUUGCGUGUGGAGCAGGAGCUGGUGACAUCCUAUCCUCAGGUGGUGGUGGUGAGGGUCCCUACGCCCUGGGUGCAGUCAGAUAGCGACAUCACCGUGCUGCGCCACCUGGAGAAGAUGGGCUGUCGGCUCAUCAACCGCUCCCAGGCCAUACUCAACUGUGUCAACAAGUUCUGGACCUUCCAGGAGCUGGCCGGCCAUGGGGUGCCUCUGCCUGACACCUUCUCCUAUGGAGGACAUGACAACUUCCGUAAAAUGAUUGACGAGGCGGAGCCGCUGGGCUACCCCGUGGUGGUGAAGAACGCACGAGGCCACAGAGGCAAGGCUGUGUUCCUGGCGCGGGACAAACACCACCUGACCGACCUGUGCCACUUGAUCCGCCAUGAUACUCCCUACCUCUUUCAGGAGUACGUCAAGGAGUCGCACGGCCGGGACGUGCGAGUCGUCCUGGUGGGCGGUCGCGUUAUCGGCUCCAUGCUACGCUGCUCCACUGACGGUCGCAUGCAGAGCAACUGUUCCCUCGGUGGUGUGGGUAUGAUGUGCCCACUGAACGAGCAGGGCAAGCAGUUGGCCGUGGAGGUAUCCAACAUCCUGGGGAUGGAUGUGUGCGGUGUUGACCUGCUGCAGCUCAAUGACGGCUCAUUCGUGGUCUGCGAGGCCAACGCCAACGUUGGCUUCAUCGCCUUCGACCAGGCCUGCGGGAUGGACGUGGCGGGGAUCGUUGCCGACUACGCCCUGUCGAUGCUCCCGAGCCGCCUCACCCGCAAAAUGUCGCUGCUGUCGGUGGUGUCGAGCACCAGCGAGACCAGCAGCGAGCCCGAGGUGUGUUCUGUGCCCACCGGCGGCGGCUCGCUGCCCGAGGCCGUGUGUAACAUGAGCGUGGGCUCCACCUCCAGCGAGAGCGACCCGGAGCUGGCCGAGCCCUCCCAGUCUUCACCACGCCAGUCGGCUGCCCCCAACCUGCCUGAUCUCUCCGACCUCCCCGAUCCGGCCUACAACUUCAACACCCUCCUCGCCAAUGAGAUCAAGUUAUUGACUGAGUGAGAUUCAGACGGCAUCAUGCACACACAAACACCACAAAUACAUAUUGAAACACACGCACACACACACACUUGUACGCAUGGCAACAGACAUUCCUUUUAGAAACACAUCGGUCCAAACACGGAGGUUCUUAAACGCAAAGCAACAACAGCUAAAACAGAAUACAUGUACACCGAAAACAGCUACAACAUGAGCCUUGUCGCACUAACUCCCCUAACAAAACCAAGAUCUGAGGCUGCUCCCCUGACUUCUCUUCCAAAUUUAGCUGACACUGCAGCGUGGUGGAAGAUAGGACAACUGCCUAAUUGGACACUUUUUUUCUUUUUUCUGCAAAGCUGAAGCUGAAGCUGAAUUGAUGGUGUUGAGUGGGUGUGGGAAUCCCAUAAUGGCACCCUCCUGUACAAUAUCACACUGUGAAUGAAGCAUGUUAUUGUAAGUCUUAAGUAGCAGGCUCUAACCUGUGCCAGGCAGUGAAGACAACAGAUGAAUUGAGUGCUCUUACUCCAUUUUAAAUUUCUUCAGUCGCUGGUUUGAUUGGCCCUACGAGUAUCAAUUCAUUGCAUGUCUAGCACUUUACAAUUAACAGAUGCAUAUUUCCUCACUCCGACGACAUAUUAAAGGCCACGAGACAGAGUGUGAAAGCAGCAUCUACACCUACAAGCAGAAUAUACCUCAAAACAGUGAUUUGUCACUGCCAUAGAACGACAGACGCUCACACACGCAUUAAAUCAGCCAGGAUCUUUGUAGUUCUUGAAUGAAACGUAAAGGAAGUCAUGUGUUAUUAUGUGUUUUUUGAAGUUUUCUUUUUAGUGUUUUUGUUAAUAUUCAGACUGUAUAUUAGCUGCAAUACUUGGCUGUUCAAACUGGAACUAAAAUAACUGCCAUAGUUGAGAUUUUCUUAAGAUACUGUGGAAAGAUGUUUUUGUACAGACCUGCAAUUUGAAAUUUGAAAGAAAUGAAAUUCAAAAUCUGGUGCUAAGGUUUCUGGAUGUGAUUAGAUGUGAUUACUCCAACAUUUUACAUAUUACUUUGAUUGAUUUUACCUUGUUUUUUAUAAAUAUUGAAGUAUUCACUAAAUAUGUUGGCUGGAUGUACAAAUAAAACUCGGAAACUAAAUUUUUGCAGUUUCUUGAAAAAUGUUACGUUUUCGCUCUAAAGAGCAAAAUCCAGUGGCCAACAUUUUUUCCAUCAUAACAUACCUCCUGUAGGCCCUCUGAAGUGUCUAGGUAGGGUAGGUCGGGCUAGUCGGCUUUCACUAGGAACCGUGUACAGCUCUGAUUAAAGCACAAAUGCAAAAGUUAGAUUUAAACAUUUAGUUUAGCGCCUUUAGGCUCGUUACCCCGUCUGUUGCGCACAACUCAGGGAAGCAGCCUGGAUCUCACCCCUUCCACCUAAAAGGCAACAGCCAUUCAUACUCGACACAUCCAAACAACACAUACAGGAAGACACACAAACAACAAUGAAAAAAAGGUUGUAAACUACAGUAUAAAACAAUGGUGUAUACCAUGGUUAACAUGCACUUUUUUCCUUGCUUGUUUUCUUCCUAUUUAUGGUGUUUUUAGAGAAAAAAAGUGGUUUGUGUGCACUAAUAUUGUCUCAAUAAAGUGAAACCGCUGUGAAGCUUGAUUCUUAUUUUCUGUUUUUGUGGGCAGAAUGUACUCACUGUCUGGAAUCUGACACGGGCCUGUUCAAGGGUGCCAAACGUAAACCCGGCAGGCAACAGGAAAGCAGCUUUUAUUUUAGGCCUGCUAUCAAGCGAUCACAGUGGCUCCACUGACAGAAUAUUGUUGUCUGGCAUCUAUAUAAUCAACGUAUCUGACAAACAAACUGUGAAAUCUGCUGAUGUCCUCUCUCCUGACAUGCAAAGGCCAUCGAGCUUGAGCUUCAAGUCACCUCCCAACAUGAAAGCUUAUGUGGGUGAAAUAUCUCCAGUUGUGUUGUCCCCUGUUUUUUAAGUCUUUGUCUUUUGUAUUGAAGCCUGCGUCAUUCCACAUUGUGUACAUAGGUGUAAAUCAAAAAUCACAUAUCCUCAGAACAUCAAGAUAGCCAUCCAUAGGAAAGAUGAAAUGUUGUUUCUUAACCCCCCCUCUGUUUUAUCUGUAGUUUCUAAAUCCAACCAAGGCAACAAAGGUUCGUGUAACCCUGUGCUGAACUACCUUUACAGGUUUCAAGGUCCCAGUUCAUGUGGCUUUCUCUGUUUGGUUUCCUUAGAUUUGCAGCCAUGAUACAGUGGGAUACAAAGCGAGGUAUGACAUGCUAGUGACACAGGAAAUGAAGGAAAACCCGUGUGGAAACCAAGUAAUAGUCAAACAUGUAUUGGUCUGAGUGGUGCUGGUCCAAGCUGGAGCGGAUGUAGGAACCAUGGGACCAGUCAGCGUGUAAACCAACACAGCACAAGGCAACGAUUUCAUUCCAAGCUGCUGCUAAUGUAUAUUUGGCUUAAAAAUUAAAAGGGAAUAUGAGAAAGUCCAAGUGUUUCCACGUUUUGCUGCCUCUCAACAUUUAAAAAUGAACCUAAAUGCCAAAAAACAAAGGUUUUGUUGCAUAAUUCAGUACUAAUAACACUAGUGUGAUUAUUUUAAGAGUGGCUUCUCUUUGUUUUAAUAUAAAGAAUUAUUGCUUUUGAAUUGUAUAUAGUUUUGACUGUAGGACUUUACAGCAUUCGUUGAGUUUAUUUUAUGUCGGUGUGUUUUGAAACCAACCUGUGGUUUGCUAAAAAGGUUUACAUGAGGAACAUGCGAUGUUUAUGCAUGAGUGAAAGGAUGCAGCUCCCUGCUGAUGAUAUCUGAUCUUUGAUUAAAUCUGUAAAUGGUGAAUUGAUGAAGUGGUUGUUGACCGCAAGGUACGAGAUCAGCGACAGUGUGUGAAAAAGGUUCUAGCGCUCACUAUUAUUUUGUUCCGACAGUGUUAAAAACUGAUCCCGAAAUCAUGUCAUUCACAAUGUGCAAAAUGAUGUAAAUAUAUAUCCCUCUUUUUUUAGACUAAAAUAAAGAUGAGUCAUUAUUCAAAACCAGCGAAAA